GAAUCUUCGCCCUAACAAAUAAUAUACUUUCAAAAAAUGGCCGAUAACACAGGCUUUAUCAAUGUCCCAUGGAGGCAGAUCCAGUUCGGCGAACGGUAUGAUCGACCGUUUCCGUCUAUGAGCCGACCGAAAUGCAUUGGGGUCUGCAGCAUCAACGCUAACCGGGAAUAUGUGGACGACGACAGCGGCGCCAGUUACUUGGUAUACCCAUCAUGGCCCCAACUGCCGAUCGAUCUGAAUGCUGGGAUAGAAGACGUGAUACGCAAACCAAACGAUUCCGCGGUCAAAGAUCUGGAAUUUGUGCUUACCUACAUCCAGCGGCACAAGGACCAGCUGCUCCACCCGCGACAUUCCAAUUCGGGAAAUUUUGCACUGGACACGGACUUUAUCACAUUACGCGGAAUUUUACGACAGAUUAUGUGCAUGCAAUACGAUUGGAAUCGUAUUUUCCGCAUUAAGGCCACUCUCAUCAAUGGCAACAUUUACAUGGCCAAAGAGGACACUCCAGAACAGCGGCUAGAAAAUAUGAGUAUGACUAGGGCCCAGCUGGACAUGUGCUCAUGGGGCUUUAAGUUCGAGCAGUGUCUUACAAGUCCCCAGCCGCAAUGCAAACCAGUAACCAAUAAGCCGGUUAAUGAAUGCGAGGAGUUCAUGGCCAUGUUCCAGGGAAAGCUAAACGAAAUCGAACUGCUAUUUGGCGCUGAAAUGGACUGUGUGGUUAGCCAGGUACCAGUUGACUUCAAAGAUCCCAAAGUGCUGAAUUCUCUAAAUUUUGUAGAGUUAAAGACUAGCGCUCACAAUAUGACCCAUAAGCAAUUGCGCAGCUUUGAUAACUAUAAGUCGGCCAACUGGUGGAGUCAAUCGUUUUUGGUGGGCAUCACAAGGAUCUACGCGGGACUACGCGACCCCGAGGGAAAGGUUCAGGAGAUCAAGGAGUUUGAUGUCCCUUCACUGGCUCGCAGGAAACCGUGGAAUCCAUCGGCCAUGGCCUGGUUCCUCGACCAGUUUCUACGAGAGCUUAAGAAUCUGCUAUUUGUCAUUGACGAUUCGUUUGCCGUGGUACAGGUUACUUUCCAAAAAAGAGGUGCAUACUACGAAGUGUUGCGCGGUCCGGAACACCAAAUCGUCCCCGAAUGGUAUCGCGACAUGCUCAGGACGGGAUAAGUUUUUUUUAGAGCUCUAUCCACAAAAGAGGGCAUUUAAUAUAAUUUCUAUAUUAACUUAGAUAUGUCUAAUUUAAUCAAAAGACUUGCUGAUGUUGUAAACAUUUAAAAAAUAAUGUUCCGAUUUGAAAAAUCUUUGGUAAAUCGAUAGAUAUUAACAGAAAUAAGUAAUACAAGGUCAUACGAAGGCAA